GGGCAGGGCGAGACAGCGGAAAUGACGACAAUGAGCGUUCCAUUAAAUAUCCGUAGGCGGGCCUCUACCCCUCUCUCGGCCUUAGCGCCAUCUUCGGAGAAACCUCCGCGCCAUGAGAGCGAAGUGGAGGAAGAAGCGAAUGCGCAGGCUGAAGCGCAAAAGAAGAAAGAUGAGGCAGAGGUCCAAGUAAACUUGUACACCCAUGGAAGCCACAGGAGCAGAAACAAGGGAAGGCAGAGGACAGGGACGCUGGUACAAAUUGUUGGACUGCUUGCCUACUGUCUAGAACUUGUCUCAGUGGAUCUGGAACAUCGAUGGCCAUUCUGAUCGCCUCGACCGCCUUUGAGAGACCCACCUUACUCGUAUCAAAACGGUCCCUUUUGGUCCUUUGCCCUGGACCUUUGACAUACUGGACUAGUUCUAUUCUCAGUUGUGGCUGAAUGUAACAUGUAACAAUAAAUCAUCUCUUUUGCUGUCUUAGCUGAAGAAAAAAA